CAUGGGGAACGGCUCGAUGAAAUCGAAGCGCUACAAACACACCGACGGCCUGAAGAACUCGUCCCUGGAGUCCCUGAGGGCCCGAGUGGACGAGCUGGAGCGCGAGGGCCGGAGGCGGGACGAGGAGCUGGGGGCCCGGCAGCAGCAGAUCAAGGCCCUGCAGGAGCAGCUGGCCAAUCAGACGCGAGCGCUGGCCGAGCUCAGCCAGGAGCUGCACAACAAGUGCAUCCAGCUCAACAAGCUGCAGGACGUGAUGAAGAGCCAGGGCGGGGCCCCGGGGCCCCUGGCCUCCAGGCAGCCCUCCGUCAGGGCCACCGCCGGAGCCAAGAGCAGCCCCAACCUCAGCGUCCGCAUCAAGGAGACCCUGAACAGAAGGAAAGGGGCCAAGGCCGGGGUCUCUGCUGAGCCCACAUCCAGGACCUACGACUCCAGCAGCCUGCCCAAGUUCUCCUUCGAGAAGGCCCGCGUGUCCAAGGACGCCAGCGUGAAGAAGCUGCUGACGGACUCCCUGAACAAGAACCAGUACCUGAAGAGGCUGGAGCUGCAGCAGGUCAAAGACAUGGUGGAGUGUAUGUACGAGAGAACCUACCAGCAGGGAGAGUACGUCAUCAAGCAGGGGGAACCGGGGAACCACCUCUUCGUCCUGGCAGAUGGGAAGCUGGAUGUGUUUCAACAGAACAAGCUGCUCACGUCGAUAACCGUGUGGACCACAUUUGGGGAGUUGGCCAUUCUCUACAACUGCACACGGACGGCGUCAGUACGAGCGGUGAACAAAGUGAGGGUUUGGGCUUUGGACCGGGAAGUGUUUCAGAACAUCAUGAGGAGGACGGCUGAGACCAGACAGGAACAGUACCGCAACUUCCUCCGAAGCGUUUCCCUGUUGGCUAAUCUACCAGAAGACAAGCUAAGCAAAAUAGUGGACUGCCUGGAGGUGGAAUACUAUGACAAGGGAGACUACGUCAUCCGCGAGGGGGAGGAGGGCAGCACCUUCUACAUCAUCGCUCAGGGGAAGGUGAAGGUGACGCAGACCACCGAAGCCCACAAGGUUCCUCAGAUCAUCAACACGCUGCAGAGAGGCGACUACUUCGGAGAGAAAGCUCUCAUCAGUGAUGACGUCCGGUCCGCCAACAUCAUCGCCGAUGACAACGGCGUGGAGUGCCUCGUCAUCGACAGAGAGACAUUUGAUCAGACGGUGGGAACGUUCAACGAGCUGCAGAAGUACCUGCAAGGCUACGUGGCAACACUCGAUCGGGACGACAAGAAGAGACACGCCAGGAGGUCGGUGUCUCGCCACCAGAGCCAGCCGUUGUCUCCAGACGUCAUCCAGCUGAAGGAGAUGGUCUCCGUGUUUCCUUCCUCCAGACCUUUCGACCACCUGGAGGUGGUGGCCACUCUCGGGGUCGGAGGCUUCGGACGAGUGGAGCUGGUGAAGGUUCGGCACGAGGAUGUGACCUUCGCCCUGAAGGUGAUAAAGAAGAAGCACGUGGUGGACAACAGGCAGGAGGAGCACAUCCACUCAGAGAGGAAGAUCCUCGCCGAGGCUCGCUCGCCGUUCGUCGUCAAGCUGUACCGCACCUUUAAGGACAAUAAGUACGUGUACAUGCUGCUGGAGGCCUGUCUGGGAGGAGAGAUCUGGAGUCUGCUCAGAGACAGGGGGAGUUUUGAUGAGCCCACUGCCAAGUUCUGCGUCGGUUGUGUCACAGAGGCUUUCGAUUACCUCCAUCGCAAAGGAGUCCUCUACCGAGACCUGAAGCCAGAGAACCUCAUGCUGGACACGGAGGGCUACAUCAAACUGGUCGACUUUGGUUUUGCCAAGAAGAUCCGCUGCGGCCAGAAGACUUGGACCUUCUGCGGGACCCCGGAGUACGUGGCCCCCGAGAUCAUCCUCAACAAGGGCCACAACUUCAGCGUGGACUUCUGGUCUCUGGGCAUCCUGGUGUUCGAGCUGCUGACUGGAAGCCCUCCGUUCUCAGGGAGCGACCAGAUGAUGACGUACACGUUCAUCCUGAAAGGAAUCGAGAAGAUGGACUUCCCCAAAAAGAUCAGCAAGAGACCCGAAGACCUCAUACGCAAACUGUGCAGACGAAAUCCAUCAGAGCGACUCGGAAACCUCAAGAACGGAAUAAUUGAUAUCAAGAAGCACAGGUGGUUUAAUGGCUUCAACUGGGAGGGACUGAAGGCCCGGACGCUCCCGUCUCCACUGAAAAGAGAACUCACCGGACCGACAGACCACAGCUACUUCGACAGCUACCCUCCGGACGAGGACAGUCCUCCAGACGAGCUCUCCGGCUGGGACAUGGACUUCUGAGGCCUUCUGCUGCUCCGUCUGUCUUCUCAUCUUCUCCCUUUAUUCUGCACACCUCGACAAACUAAAGUUAAAGGGUGAAGGUGGCCUCGCGUCAUGGUGGAGGUUCAACAGCUGCAGAUAGCUGGUUUCUUUAUGAUCGUCAGGUUCAGGAGAUCCUCUUUGAGUUUGACUGUGAAGUUCAGCAGCUUGUUGCCCUUUCAAGGAAAGUUUGACAAAUAUUUAAAACUCCUUGUUUGUAGUACAAGGUGUCGUUUCAACAGUUUUACAGUUUUAUAACGGUGGUCUAUGAGGGAAGAUUUGAGCCACAGAGGAAUUUUUUGUUGCAGUACCGUAAGUGGCCACUGGAAAAAUCGGCUGCAAGGCCAACAAGUCCUCCAAACCUUACGACCACAUGUUGUUUGUUCCUACACUCAAAUACGACCCACGGGAGCAUUUCCAAAAAU